GAUACAAUUCAGAACCCAUAAACUUUAAAUUUGACCCGCUUCUGAGUCUCUCCAUAGGAUUAUAAGCCUGGUGGUAGUUUUGGCCUUCUAACCUGAGUUCAGAACAUUACUAAAGGAAGUUUGAGUUGCAUCUCACUUCCAGAGAGUGAUUUUCAACUUUCAAGAAAGCUACUUUAAAUUCUCACACUCUCCUGAUUCAUCAAGCUAACUGAAGAGCAAAAUUUGUAUCACUCAAUGGCUGCUCAAAAAUCUCAACUUCACUUUGUUCUUGUACCCUUAAUGUCCCCUGGCCAUCUCAUCCCUAUGGUUGACUUAGCUAAAUUGUUAGCACAUCAUGGUGUAAUUGUUUCUAUAAUUUCUACACCCCUUAACACUAUCAGAUUCAAAUCAGGUAUUGAUUCCUCUAUCAAAUCAGGCCUUCAGAUUAGAGUACAUGAACUCAAAUUUCCAGCAGUACAAGUUGGCUUGCCUGAGGGAUGUGAGAACAUGGAUUCCUUACCUUCGCGCGAUUCGAUCAGGGAUUUCUUUCUUGCUGCUAGCAUGUUGCAAAAACCAUUUGAAGAAUUGUUCAGUGAUCUUAAGCCUAGUCCUUGUUGCAUAAUAUCUGGGAAAAACAUGGCGUGGACUGUCGAUAGUGCGCGUAAGUUUAGAGUUCCUAGGAUUUUCUUUGAUGGUAUGGGCUGUUUUUCUGCCACAUGCACACAAAAGUUGCAGAGUUCCAAAGUUCAUGAGAAUGUGUCAAAGUUUGAGUCUUUUGUUGUACCAGGUUUGCCUCAUAGAAUUGAGCUGACUAAAGCACAAUUGCCUGAAAAUCUGAAUCCAGGUUCACCUGAUUUAGUCGAUGUUCGCAAUAAGAUGGUUGCUGCUGAAUCCAUCUCAGAUGGGAUUAUUGUCAAUACAUUUGAGGAACUGGAACUUGAAUAUGUUAAAGAAUUCAAGAAGAUCAAAAGUGGGAAAGUCUGGUGCAUUGGCCCUGUCUCAGCUUGCAACAAAUCGGAAUCCGAAAAGGCUGCAAGGGGCAAAAAUGUGUCUUUGGAACAGAACCAAUGCAUCAAGUGGCUUGACUUGCAAGAACCAAACUCUGUGGUUUAUGCAAGUCUUGGUAGCAUAUGUGGCCUAACAUGUUCACAGCUUGUGGAACUUGGGUUAGGCUUAGAAGCAUCAAAUAGGCCAUUCCUAUGGGUACUGAGAGGAGGAGAGAAAUCAAAAGAGUUAGAGAAAUGGAUUGAAGAAGAAAAAUUUGAAGAGAGGAUUCAAGGAAGAGGCUUUUUAAUAAAAGGCUGGUCUCCUCAAAUUCUUGUCUUGUCUCAUCCAUCUGUAGGCACUUUCUUAACGCACUGUGGAUGGAAUUCAACUCUAGAAGGGUGCUGUUCCGGUUUACCUAUAAUUACUUGUCCAUUGUUUGCUGAACAGUUUAUUAAUGAGAAAUUGAUCACACAAGUGUUAGGCACUGGUGUCAGUGUGGGAGUCAAGGCUGCUGUUGCGUGGGGAAUGGAAGAAAAAUCAGGACUAGUUAUGAAGCGUGAAGGCGUAAAGAACGCCAUUGAGACAAUAUUCGAUGAGGGUGUAGAAGGAGAAGAUCGACGUAGAAAGGCAAAAGAGAUCGCGAAAAUGGCGAAGAGGGCAUUAGAGGAAGGUGGCUCAUCUUACAUAAACAUAGAGACUUUGAUUCAUGAUAUUAUGCAACAGAGUUUUAGCAGUGUUGAAGCAAGUUCUUGAUAAUAGUUCUCUAGAAAAACAACAAUUUUUUCAGAAUUAUAUAGUCAGGUAUAAAUAAACCGUUCCCCCUGAAUUGUGAUUUGUGUCAUUUAGGAAUAUAAUUGUGUGUGUGUUUUUUUGUCUCAAUUUGCUUCAGUAAUGUCUGUUCAAGUGUGAAACUUUGAGUUGGUUUAACAGUAAAAGUCUAUUAUUAUAGUUAGC